GGAGCGGGGAAGCCUCCUGGGCAGGGCGGAGCGGAGGCCGGCCCCGCCGUGUCAUAGCGGCCCCGCCGGGCCGGGAGGCGAUCGCCAUGGAAACCCAGGCCCCGGUUCCGCCCCUGCCCGCCGGGGAGAGCGGCGGUGGGGCGUGGGUACCGCCGGGAGCCCGGCCGGAGCUGCGGCUGGGCCGCUGGGAGGCGGCACCCGCCCCGGCGGCUCCCGCCCCGGGCACCGCCAGGUAGAGCGCGGGGCGGGGGCGCUUCCCGGGCCGGGAAGGAAGGGGGGGCGGGUGGGGCGGGGCGUGCGGCGCGCAGGCCGGGCCCGCUCCCCCGCCGCCUGCAGCCGCAGCCCGGCCGCCCACCUGGUGCCAGGUGCCCGCCCGCCCGCCAUCUUCUCCCGGACCCCCGGCGCCCGCCGCCCCGCGCCGUGUCCCGCGGCUGCCCGGCGGCCCCCCGCGGCAGCGGAGGGGAGCUCAGAUCAGCUCAGCUCGCCAGGGCGGGGCUUGUUUCUCGUCCCCGAUCCUCACGGAGAGGCCCUGACGUGUUGCCAUGGCCGAGGGAGGCGCGGCGGCGGCGUGUUUCAGCGAGGAUGAUUUUUACUGUCCCGUCUGCCAGGAGGUGUUCAAGACGCCCGUGAGGACCGCGAACUGCCAGCACGUGUUUUGCAGGAAGUGCUUCUUGACAGCUAUCAGAGAAAGUGGAACACAUUGUCCUCUCUGCCGGGGGAGCGUGACUAAAAAAGAAAGAACAUAUCCCAAAAGGGCUCUAGAUGUUGAAAACAGUAUGAAGAAAGCUUCUGGGGGCUGUAGAUGCUGUGAGAAGCAGGUUAGAUUUUCGUGGAUGAGACAGCAUUAUAAAACGUGUAAGAAGUAUCAGGAUGAAUAUGGUGUUUCUUCUAUUAUUCCAAACUUACAGAUUUCCCAGGAUUCGACAGGGAACAGCAGGAAUGAUGCAAUAUCUGAUAAUGGCGAGAUGGCUAAUAAUCAAAUACUUCAAGGAGAAACAAGUGGACACCCAACCUUCAAAUGCCCCCUGUGUCAGGAAGCCAAUUUUACCAGACAACGCUUGCUGGAUCACUGUAAUAAUAGACAUCUUUAUCAGAUAGUUCCUGUAAUCUGUCCUAUUUGUGUAUCUCUUCCUUGGGCAGAUACUAACCAGGUUACUAGAAAUCUUGUUAGCCAUCUAAAUCUAAGACACCGGUUUGACUACGGAGAAUUUGUGAAUCUUCAGCUUGAUGAAGAAGCCCAAUACCAAAAUGCAGUUCAAGAAUCCUGUCAUGUGAACUUUUAAAGUAUAGCCCCCCUUCAUCUUACUGAUUAUUUGAGAGAAAAAUUACAUUAAUUCUGUUGGUGAUUUGAAGUGUAUAUUAAUAAAAAUGGUAUUCAUUAACCACUUUGCAGGUUUAACUUUUUUCCGCGCUCAUAAGGACUUUUCAUAAAUGAUUUUGCUGAAACUCAAACCGUUGUCUUGAUUUUCUCUGACUUUUACUACUCUGUUAAUUACAUGGUUUCUUUUAUUAAUGUCAGAUAUUUUAAUUCACCAAAACCAACUUUGAAAGUAUCUUUAAAAAGGCAUGCAAAGAUGCUCUGUUGCACUGUUGAGUUUCUUUAAGUUCAGCUGUCCUCUGCUAAGAUAUCUAUGAGAUAAUAAUUUUUUUUCUCCUCCUGCCCAAGGACAAGGUUUUAUUUGAUGCUGUGAUUUGUUUUUUACCAUUACUAUGUGAAUGAAAAUAACAACAACUUAAAAAUAUUUGUUUUCUAUAGAUCAACAAUGCAGAGCAGGUUUUUUUCACCUUUCAUUGAGAAAGUAUGAUGCCAUUGCCUAGGAAUAGUUACAUCUAUUUUUUCCCUUUUUGGAGCAUAACUGAAAUAGGAUGCUUGCUUACUAAUGGGUGAGGAGUUUUCCCUGUACUCCCAACUAUUAAGGACAUACUUUCUGAGCAAUUCAAGAUGACAUGCAAAAGGUAUACUUUUUCGGUAUAUGACUGACCAGCUAGUUUUUCAUUUUGUUGGAGCUUUUUAAGAACUUUUGUUGUUGCAUUUGGAAUUCAAGUUUUGGUUUGUCCUGUCUUUCAUGGAAGGCUGUGUAACUGGAGAACUAAUUGGCUUCAGACCUACCAACACUCAGAAAUGAACUUGUUUAUUUUGGUAAGACUGUUUAAAACUUGGACAUCUCCUGCAUCCAGUUGAGAAGAAAAACUUGCUCUAAAAUAGUUACCAACACAUUUUAAGAGUUCCUAUUCUAGAUUUCCAUGUUCCCAGCAAGUCCGUCAUUAAAAUCAGAGAAAACAGAGCAAUAAUGCGAUUUUGAAUUUAAGUGGAAAAUCCAUUUCUAAAAGAACUGUAAGGUCUUUUAUUUAAUACUAAUUAGGAGAAGGGGAAAGAAAGCUGCACAGCUUACAUUUUGGAGGUUUAAAUAGAGACUGUUCUGAAUGUAUACCUUUUAGGACUAACUCUUCAUCCUGUGUCACCAUCACCCAUUGUUAAACUAUUGUUCGUAAUGGGUAUUGUAUAUGUGGUGGAAAACAUCCCCUGUAAUUAUCCUAGUCUAGUUAGUGAUUUAUGUGUAAUAAUAUCAGUUGUGCAGCCGAAGCACAAUCUGCUUCUUGUGCCCUAGCUCCGAUUUGCUCUCCAAACAGAAGUUUUGAUUAUUCUUUAAAUACUGGGAUAUUUCAUAUUCCAAAACUGGUAAGUUUGAAAUGCCUCAUUCAGCAAUGUAAUGGGUUUCAGAACUGAAUUUUCAUGCUAGUAUGUUGAGUGUUGGAACUAAAACACUAUACACUGUAACUUGACAUUUCUACCUUAUAUUUUUUAAGAGUGUCAAAUAUUACUGAAGCCAUAGCUGGCUAAAAUACAGAGGAAGUUGGCUAUUUCAGAAAUGUCUAAAGGUUAUAUCCUUUUUAUACAACUUAACAUGCCUUGCAUUUUGUUACUGGCUUAAUACAGUAUUUUGACAGGAGGCCAUGCUUGAUCUUGUACUCCAGCUUCCCUGUUUGCCCCCCAUACUCUUGUCUGUGUAUUCUCACUCAUCUUUCAGCUCUAGUGCUCGUGUGACCACAUACUGAUUUGGAGUGGUUCACUGAUCCAACUGAAAAGGUUGUUCAGAUUUUUGCUCUCUCUUUUGCUCUAUAAAGCCAACUAUGAAAUAGCGCCCUUAGACAUAAAGGGAUUUCAAGGUAGCCUGAUGCUAAAGUUUUAGCUUUUUAAAAUAAAAACACAUACCGUGGUGAUUUUAUUACUGCAUACAUUUCUUAAGGAAUUUAAUAGUUACAUGUAAGUUUAGUUAACUUUUUUAGAUUCAAUAAAAUAUUUAUAUGAUCUGGCAAUAAAUGCCUACAGCCAAUACAGAUUCAGAAUGCUUCAUGGACACUGGAACUAGUUAUUUCUAUUACUUGAAUAUAUCUUGAGAAUUGCAAAUGAAAUGACAUCUAUUUUAAAACUCUGGGAAACAAAUUUUUCUAUAGCAAUAAUUAGUUGUCACUUGAUGCAUAGUUGCUGAGCAUUUUAGUCAUGUCUAAAUGUUGAGAGACUUGAAUACACAUUUUAAAGCAACCAAUGUGUAUAAAUGCAAUAUAAAAAACCUUACAAAAUGUUUAUCCUCUCUAUUUGCAUACAUUAAAAUCUGUAUUGGCAGGUGCUGCCUUGCUUAAAAUUUUAUACUUUUCAUAUGAAGAGAUUGCAUCCAAUACAUUCACUAGGUAAGUGUUUAAUGAAAAUGAAGCAGUCUAUUUAAGUAUGCUGCUGUUGGUCAUGAUCUUUCUCACUGAAAUGCAGACAUGCACAAAAAGCUGUGUAUUUGUGAUGGGUGAUGCUUGUACUUGAAACAUGCAAUCUUUACUAGAAGACUGCUGCUUAACAAUGUUUUCAUGUUCAUGUUGCAUUGUGUAUGGUUUCAAUAUUAUAUAUUAUGGUUUGAAUUGUACCUUCUAUUUUUUCUCCUAUUAAAGUAUUUUAUUUUC